GCGGCAUGAUCCAUGGAAAGGCUUUGGAGUCAGCUAGGCCUGAACUUGCACGGUCCCUCCGCAAACUGUUCAACUACUUUGGACGUCGUCGCCUCCUCGCUUGCUGGCCAUUCAGGCCCGAAAGCGGAGGCCGAAAAGAGAGAAACAUCCGAAAAAGGAAUGACUAUCCUAAUGGCCAAGAGCCUUUUUUGGUCUGCUGCAGUUUGGAUUUAUGUGAAAUCAAGCAGAAGAUUGAGCUGCUGAUGUCAGUAAACUCUGAGAAGUCGUCCUCUUCAGAAAGGCCGGAGCCUCAGCAGAAAGCUCCCUUAGUUCCUCCACCACCACCUCCGCCACCGCCACCGCCUCUGCCGGACCCCACACCCCCAGAGCCAGAGGAGGAGAUCCUGGGAUCUGACGAUGAGGAGCAGGAGGACCCUGCCGACUACUGCAAAGGUGGCUACCAUCCGGUGAAAAUUGGAGACCUCUUCAAUGGCCGCUACCAUGUUAUUAGGAAGCUAGGAUGGGGACACUUCUCAACUGUCUGGCUGUGCUGGGAUAUGCAGGGGAAAAGAUUUGUUGCAAUGAAAGUUGUAAAAAGUGCCCAGCAUUAUACAGAGACAGCCUUGGAUGAAAUAAAACUGCUCAAAUGUGUUCGAGAAAGUGAUCCCACUGACCCGAAUAAAGACAUGGUAGUACAGUUAAUUGAUGACUUCAAGAUUUCAGGCAUGAAUGGAAUACAUGUCUGCAUGGUCUUCGAAGUGCUUGGCCAUCAUCUCCUCAAGUGGAUCAUCAAGUCCAAUUACCAAGGCCUCCCCGUACGUUGUGUGAAGAGUAUCAUUCGACAGGUCCUCCAGGGGUUAGAUUAUCUACACAGUAAGUGCAAGAUCAUUCAUACUGACAUAAAGCCGGAGAACAUCUUGAUGUGUGUGGAUGAUGCAUAUGUGAGAAGGAUGGCAGCCGAGGCCACCGAGUGGCAGAAAGCAGGUGCUCCUCCUCCUUCCGGGUCUGCAGUGAGUACGGCUCCACAACAAAAACCUAUAGGAAAAAUAUCUAAGAACAAAAAGAAAAAACUGAAAAAGAAGCAGAAAAGGCAGGCUGAGUUAUUGGAAAAGCGCCUGCAGGAGAUAGAAGAAUUGGAGCGAGAAGCCGAAAGGAAAAUAAUAGAAGAAAACAUCACAUCAGCAGUACCUUCCAAUGAACAAGACGAUGAAUACCGCCCAGAGGGCAAACUGAAAGCUGCCGGCUUAGAGGAUGCGGCUGAGAGCGAGCCUGUGAAUGACAACGGCGAGGCUGAGGACCAGGAAGAGAAAGAAGACACCGAGAAAGAAAACACUGAGAAGGAUGAAGAUGAUGUUGAACAGGAAUUGACCAAUGCAGACCCUGCCUGGAUAGAAUCACCCAAAACCAAUGGCCAUAUUGAGAAUGGCCCGUUCUUACUGGAACAGCAGCUGGAUGAUGAAGACGAUGAAGAAGAAGAUUGCCCAAAUCCUGAGGAAUAUAACCUCGAUGAGCCAAAUGCAGAAAGUGAUUACACAUAUAGCAGCUCCUAUGAACAAUUCAAUGGUGAAUUGCCAAAUGGACGGCAUAAAAUUCCUGAGUCACAGUUUCCAGAGUUUUCCACAUCAUUGUUUUCUGGGCCCUUAGAACCUGUGGCUUGUGGCUCUGCACUUUCCGAGGGAUCCCCACUUACCGAGCCUGAGGAAAGCAGUCCAUCCCAUGACAGAAGCCGUACGGUUUCAGCCUCCAGCACUGGAGAUUUGCCAAAAACAAAAACCCGGGCGGCCGACUUGUUGGUGAAUCCCCUGGAUCCACGGAAUGCAGAUAAAAUUAGAGUUAAAAUUGCCGACCUGGGAAAUGCUUGCUGGGUGCAUAAACACUUCACAGAAGACAUCCAGACACGUCAGUAUAGAUCCAUAGAGGUUUUAAUAGGAGCAGGUUACAGUACACCUGCUGACAUUUGGAGUACCGCGUGUAUGGCAUUUGAGCUGGCAACGGGAGAUUAUUUGUUUGAACCGCAUUCUGGGGAAGACUAUUCCAGAGACGAAGACCACAUAGCCCACAUCAUAGAGCUGCUAGGCAGUAUCCCAAGGCACUUUGCUCUGUCUGGAAAAUAUUCUCGGGAAUUCUUCAAUCGCAGAGAUCACAUAGCAUUGAUCAUUGAACUGCUGGGGAAAGUCCCUCGAAAAUACGCUAUGUUGGGGAAAUAUUCCAAGGAGUUUUUCACCAGAAAAGGAGAACUGCGACAUAUCACCAAGCUGAAGCCCUGGAGCCUGUUUGAUGUCCUUGUGGAAAAGUAUGGUUGGCCCCAUGAAGAUGCUGCACAGUUUACAGAUUUCCUGAUCCCAAUGUUAGAAAUGGUUCCAGAAAAACGAGCCUCAGCUGGCGAAUGCCUUCGGCAUCCUUGGUUGAAUUCUUAGCAGAUUCUACAAAUCGAGCAUUCUGAGCUAGCAAAUGUUUUCCAGUACAUUGGACCUAAACGGUGACUCUCAUUCUUUAACAGGAUUACAAGUGAGCUGGCUUCAUCCUCAGACCUUUAUUUUGCUUUGAGGUACUGUUGUUUGACAUUUUGCUUUUUGUGCACUGUGAUCCUGGGGAAGGGUAGUCUUUUGUCUUCAGCUUAGUAGUUUACUGACCCACUUUCUUCUGGAAACAAUAACAUGUCUCUAAGCAUUGUUUCUUGUGUUGUGUGACAUUCAAAUGUCAAUUUUUUUGAACGAAAAAUACUUUCCCUCUUGUGUUUUGGCAGGUUUUGUAACUAUUUAUGAAGAAAUAUUUUAGCUGAGUACUAUAUAAUUUACAAUCUUAAGAAAUUAUCAAGUUGGAACCAAGAAAUAGCAAGGAAAUGUACAAUUUUAUCUUCUGGCAAAGGGACAUCAUUCCUGUAUUAUAGUGUAUGUAAAUGCACCCUGUAAAUGUUAAUUUCCAUUAAAUAUGGGAUGGGGACUCAAAUUUCAGAAAAGCUACCAAGUCUUGAGUGCUUUGUAGCCUGAGUUGCAUGUAGCGGACUUGAACUGCUCCCAGGAGCCGUGCAGACCUUUCAUUCCCUAACAGUCCUUUUUACAUUGGAUUUUAAACAAAGUGGCUCUGAGUUAUGUCAUUCCCUAUAUGGCACUUUAAAGCAAGAAAAGACACGCUUUCAUUCUGAAAUACGUAUUAUAGUUUUGGCACUCCCAUUCAUAUUUUUGCAUAUUUUUAAAAGUACUUUAAAGGAAAAAGCAAUUUCCCUUUAAAAAUGUGAUAGCCCGGUACCAUGUGGUGUUGCCUCCUCCAAACACUGUAAGUUAAACUCUACAUAGAUUAAAUCGGACAACAAAACCAUGUGCAGUGUGUGGAAUGAGAAAAAAAUAUAUAUAUCUAUAUUUUUUGGAAAAGUUUGCUUGUGUUUGUCCAAAACCCAGGUAUGGUAUGUAAGUUAGAGCAGCAGGCACGAUCCUAACAUCUGCGAGGUAGCAGGGAUCACGUUUCUGUGUGGCUACGAUAGUUUUACUAGCUUUUUCGUUGUCUUCCCAUGCAUUGAAGUUGAGAAAAUGAUUUUCCCUUUGCAGGUUGCACACACUUUUGUUUAUGCAUUUCCUUAAACUUGUAGAAUCCAGGACACAAACCAUAGUAGGCAAUACCAUUUUAGAAUGUAAUAUACGGAGGUCUCUCUAGCCUCUUUUAGAAGUCAGUGGAUUGAAUGUCAGGUUUUUUUUAAACUUUCACAUUCAUUAAGGUGCCUCGUUUUUCUUGACUUUGUCCAUUAACAUUUAUCCAUAUGCCUUUGCAAUAACUAGAUUGUGAAAAGAUAACAAGUGUUGUAAUAAUAAUCCAUUGUUUGAGGUGCUUGCAGUUGUCUUAAAAAUUAAAGUGUUUUGGUUUUUUUUUCCAGACAUUGCCUUGGUCAUUGGCCUGUAUUUGAAGCGAUAGAAUCAACAAACAUUUGCUCUCCUUUUAGUGUAGUGUAGCCCAAACUAAAGAAAGCAUCAGCAUUCCUGUCGCAGGAAACUAGUUGUAGAACAUGCAUUAAGACUUAUUAUAAGGAAAUCAUUCAUUGUUUUCUAAGAACAGAAUGUGGGUUUAGAAGAAUUGCUGUGUCGUACAGAUUCACUACCUAGAAUUGCAGUGAUUCUUUUUCAUUCACCUUCUAUCAAAAAACAAAGGAGUUACAUUGUGUUUGGGCAUUGCACAUUUUUUUAAAUCUUCUUAACAGUAUUCAUCUUGAGGGAACGAGACACAGUCCUUUCAGGAGUUAGCAUGAUGUCACAUGUGGCUGUGAGACAGAACAUAAGCACUUCCUAUGCAUCGUGCAUGCUAAGGGUUUCUGACGAGGCUGUAGGUUACGGAGUAGGUUCUACGACAGACACCAUGUCCGCAGGGACCGUCCUUACAAGAGCCACCAAGUACGUCUUUGUCUUCCCUAACUCUGAAGCAUCAAUACAGGGUUUAUAGCACACGUGAAUGAAAUUUAUCCAAUGCAGUUCCGGCUCAUGUUAGAAAAUAAACUAGAUUGUUCGGAAUUUGUAAAGAUCUGUCCCUUCUAAAUUUAAGAGCCUCGCUGGCUCUUAAGAAAAUUGUUCUAGAAGGAGUAUACAUUUGUAUUAGAAAGGAGUAUACAUUUGUAUUAGAAAUAGUGUGGUUUUUAGCAGAAUCUUGGUGGCUUGAUGAUAAAGAACACGUGUGAGCUGAGUGCCGCAGCCAGCUCGCUGGUCCGAGGGAGCGUCCUGGCUUCUCCUCCCAUUAGUCCGGGUCAAGUCUUCACGGCAAAGGACAAGCAGCGGAUCACACACGUGAUUUCAGCAGAGGAGAAGCUGGCUGCCUGGAGAGUAGAACUGCCCAAAGGCCGAAAAAAGCAAAUUUAGACGCUUCAGGAAAGCAUGAAUUUUUCAGGUGAAAACUGAUUUACUAACUUGCUUCUUCCUGUACCCGGAUCAUACUAACACGAUAAACUAGUUUCUCCUUGGGUAGAGAACUCCAAUUUGUAUUCACAAUUGAGAUUAUUCCUAAAUUCCCCUUUUUCUUCCAGUAAUGUUUUUAAAACUUUAAUCAAGUUUUGGCAGAGACCGUAUUUGAGAGUGUGUGCGCCCUUCAUCAAGGAGUCCGGGAAUCCCGCGAGGUCCUGCAGGUCAUGGAGAAGCUUCUCUAUCAGUUAUUUGUAUAGUAGGCAAAUUUAUAACUGAGGAACUUAAAGUCCUUAGAAGGACAGUCUUUUUAAAGAGGUGACCAAUGCUGCUCGCUGUGCUGAUGGUUAACCACCUCUGUUCUGUGAAACCGCGGGGCCGGGCGAGAUAAAGCCAUGUUUUCUUA